UUUUUGCACAGUGAGUGAGAGCUGCAGAUCGCUCAGUCUCUGGUCCUCUCCUCUGAUAAAACUCACGGAAUACUUUCCUCCUGUCUGCCUGUUCAAGAGAGAAAAGCAGCUGCAGUUUAUAGGAGUUCUCCACAGCAGGAUCUGAGCUACAUUGUAGCUGAGGAUACUCUUUCGGGUUUACAAGAAGAAAAACUAACAAGAAAAUGACACAUUUUAAUAAAGGGCCGUCCUACGGAUUAUCUGCAGAAGUGCGAAGCAAAAUUGCUCAGAAAUAUGACACACAAAAGGAAGAGGAGCUCCGCUUCUGGAUUGAGGAGAGAACACAAAUGCCCAUUGGAGAGAACUUCCAGAAAGGCUUGAAGGACGGAGUCAUCCUCUGCAAUCUGAUUAAUAAGCUGCAACCAGAGUCAGUGAGGAAGAUCAACCACUCACAGCUGAACUGGCACAAGCUGGAAAACCUUGGGAAUUUCAUCAAAGCCAUCCUGGCCUAUGGCCUGAAGCCCAAUGACAUCUUUGAGGCCAAUGACCUGUUUGAAAGUGGGAACAUGACUCAAGUCCAGACCACACUGCUCGCCCUGGCCAGCAUGUCAAAGACCAGAGGUUCGGACACGAAGAUUGAUAUCGGAGUGAAAUAUGCAGACAAACAGGCCCGGCAUUUUGAUGACGAGAAGAUCAAGGCCGGCCAGUGCGUCAUCGGACUGCAGAUGGGGACAAACAAGUGUGCGAGUCAGGCAGGGAUGACUGCUUACGGCACCAGGAGACAUCUGUAUGAUCCAAAGACCCAGACUGACAAACCCUACGACCAGACCACCAUCAGCCUCCAGAUGGGAACCAACAAAGGAGCCAGCCAGGCGGGCAUGUCGGCCCCCGGUACCCGCAGAGACAUCUACGACCAGAAGGUGGCGCAGCAGCCGCUGGACAACUCCACCAUCUCCCUGCAGAUGGGCACCAACAAGGUGGCGUCCCAGAGAGGUAUGAGUGUGUAUGGUCUGGGCCGACAGGUGUACGACCCCAAGUACUGCGCCCCCCCCACAGAGCCGGUGAUCCACGCCAACGGCAGCCAGGGCACCGGCACCAACGGCUCGGAGAUCAGCGACAGUGACUAUCAGGGCGAGUUCCAGGAGGACGAAUUACAGGGAGCGUACCAGGACGACUACAGCCCCCAUUACACCGACCAGGGCAUUGACUAUUAGCGGAGACCCCCACCUCCAGAUCAGUAUUACCUAGUGUAUUUUAUAAACUACACAACAGAGCAAGUCUUUUGCUAUCCUCACUAGUCUUUUUUUUCCUUCUUCUUGAAGCAUACAAUGAGAUGUUGCCUUCCUUCUCCAGCCUCUAUCUGAAGGCUGUGAGCAGCUGUAGUGACAUAGAAUAAUGACACAGAGUGAUGAUGAUGUUUUAAGCUUAAAAGCAUUCCCUUUUUUAACACCCACUUUUAUAAAAAGAUGUUUAAACGAUGGAAGUAGUGAGACCGUUGUGACGGUGUAGCAUCAGGUGAAGCUGCUGCCUUCAGUGUUUGUGUUCCUGGACUGAAACUGGGCUAAUGAUCCACGUGAGAGGAAUCCAACAACAGGCUGACUUAUCUUCCAUCUUACCCAGCCUCUGUAAUCCGGUCACGCUGGAACUUCUUUUGUUUUUUUACUACAUGUAAUCACUAGAUAGUGUUUCUUCUUUUAAUGACGGUUCAGACGACCAAACCCGAGCUGACUUUUACUCUGCAGGCAUACUUCCUCGUUCCAUUAAAUGACCUAUAUUUUCAUAUUAUUCCUCUUGUAUUCUCAAACUGUAUUUAUUGCAAUGUCUCUCAUUGUAAAGCAGUCCACUGUUAUAUGGUUUGUAAAGAAAAUGGUAUGUUAUAAAUAAAGCCUUAAAUUCUUCAA